UCCGUUUCAAAGACCCCGACUCAGAUCGCGGUCGUCGUCGCUUGUCUGCUGGUCUACCCACUCUACCAAAUCAUUUACAAUCUAUACUUCCAUCCGCUGGCCAAACAUCCCGGGCCGCGUCUUUGGGCAGCCUCGCGAAUUCCCUUCGUCUACAACCUGCUUGCAGGCUCGCUGGUCAAACGCCAGCGCGAGCUGCACGAACAAGAUGGUCCCUACUUCCGCAUGGCGCCCGACGAGAUCUCCUUUGCCAGCGAAGAGGCCUGGCACGAUAUCUACGCCUGGCGACCGGGCCACAAGCGCGCCAUUCGCAAACCGAUCUUCAUGAAAGCCCCCGAAGGUAUCGCGGAUAACAUCAUUACCACCAGCAAUGUCAAGUCUCACGCCCGCGUGCGCGGACUGAUGAGCCACAGCUUCACCGAAAAUGCGUUGCGCGAGCAGGCCCCGCUGGUCCAGGGGCAUGCGGAUGUCUUCAUCGACCAGUUGCGCCGACUUGCGACCAAGGAAGCCGGUGGGGGGGAGAGCUAUGGGCUCGUGAAUCUCACAAACUGGCUGAAUUUCUUCACGAUGGAUGUGAUUGGCGAUCUUGCCUUUGGGGAGCCCUUCGGCUGUCUCGCCAAGGGGGAGUAUCAUGACUGGGUUCGCACCUUGUUCUUCUUCCUCAAGGGGAUGACCAUCGCUGCUGCGCCGCGAUAUUGGCCGUGCAUCAACCGCCGGCUCGACUCGCAGACGGACCGACCCGAUUUCAUGACCCCCUUCAUGAAGCGGAAUCCCAACUUCGAGUCGAUGUCCCGCGAUGAGAUUCUAUCUUCGUUUACGUUUAUCAUCGUCGGAGGCUCCGAAACCACCGCGACGUCAAUGACGGGCAUCUUCAACCACCUCUGCAAGCCCGCAAACAAAGCCAUUCUCGACCGACUGACCCACGAGAUUCGGGAGGCCUACGAGACCGAGCAGCAAAUCACUCUGGAGAAAAUUAAUGCCGUUCAGCUCCCAUACCUCGACGCCGUCUUCCAAGAAGGGCUCCGCAUGGCAAAUCCUGUACCGGCCGGACUACCGCGUAUGGUGCCCCCAGGAGGCGAUGAAUAUGCUGGGAUUGAUCUUCCAGCAGGCACCCGGAAUGGAGUCCGCACUUUCUCGGUCAACCGUUCCAGCAAGUACUUCUAUAACCCGGAGACCUUCGUCCCUGAGCGGUGGCUGUCGGAGAGCGAAGGACGUCCGGCAGAGUAUGCCCACGACCGGCUGUCCGUCUCCAAGCCCUUCAGCGUGGGCUUCCACGUGUGUCUGGGCCGGCCGCUGGCGUGGCUGGAGAUGCGGUUGAUUCUGACGCGCACGCUGUGGGCAUCUGAUCUGCGUGAGGAGCCGAGCAUGGCGGUGUGCUUUGACGAUUUCCCCACGAUGAUGAUGGUCGAGAAGCAGCCGUUGAUGUUGUGGAUCAAGCCUCGCGUUGACCUUCUCAAGUGA